ACCCCGAUGUCCUUUAUUUUCUGCUCUCAUAUAUGCGAGAUAGCCUAUGAGAAUCGUUUGGCGGUCUCCCUUGCUAUGAUGAUCCGACGCAUGCCCUGAGAAACUACUGCCUUUACAAUCUCCUCUCACGUCGCACCCCCACUUAGGGAAAUAAAGGAUAUUCUUUGUCUCUUGACUCUACUUGCGCUGCGCAGUUGUUGCUCAGUACUUUUUUAAAAAUGGCACCCACACGUCUGGACAUCAACCAGUACACCAUCGCCUGGGUAUGCGCACUUCCCAUUGAGCUCUCGGCCGCCCGGAUGAUGCUUGAAGGAGACGAGCACGAUACGCCCACGCUGGCCGCCGACGAGAACGUAUACAGCUUCGGUACAAUCGGCGGCCACAACAUCGUCAUCGCAUGUCUCCCAGACAAAGACACAGGCACUGUAUCCAUGGCAAGCUUAGUGGCCCAUCUCAUGCGCACUUUCACCAAAAUACGCUGCGGAGUUUUGGUAGGAAUAGGUGGAGGGGUCCCAAGAAUCGACAGGACAGCCCUCAGAAUACAUGUCGAUGGCCCUGAUAUACGCCUGGGCGAUGUAGUCAUUGGGCAACCAGAUCGUACGAACAGACAUGGAGGAGUAGUGCAAUACGGCUUUGGCAAGGAUCAUUCCGAUGGGUUUCAGAUUACUGGCCACUUGAAUGAGGUUCCGAAAAAACUACAAGCAGCCAUUAGCAAGUUCCGAUCCAAUAUCGAAGACUUAAAGCGGUCGGACUUCCACGAGCAUAUAAAGAAAGUCGUGAAUCCCAGCUUCGAGCGGCCAAAAGAUGCAACGGAUAUACUGGAGGUUGUGAAAUGCCAGAAGCAUUUAUACAGCAGCGAAGACCCUGCAUGCCGUGACUGUAAAGUAUUUGAGAUUAUUGAGAGAGAGGAACGCGCGGACCUGGCGCAACAGUCCGCCCUACAUUACGGAACUAUCGCUUCCGGGACCUACGUUGUUAGAAACGGUAGGGAACGGGAUCGCUUGAGCGAGACGUUUGGAGGGGUUGCUUGUAUCGAGAUGGAAGCCGCUGGGCUCAUGAACCAGUUUCCAUGUCUAGUCAUCCGGGGAAUAUCCGACUACGCAGAUCACCAUAAGAACGACGUAUGGCAAAGAUACGCAGCGCUCGCUGCGGCAGCGUGUACCAAGGAAUUUCUGCACGUAUUGUCGCCAGCCACCGUUGACAUGACACCGACGGCUGCUGUGUACGCGGGCUAUGUUGUCUAUCAAUCAAACUCCGUGCGCGUGGGCCCCAGACGCCCUCGUCACACUGAAUACAUCGAUCGAAGUGAGAUCACCGAUGACAUCAGACGUGAAUUCGACUUGGUUGAGCCGGCCUCAAACCCAGUUCCGUUGCGGUAUCUGUUGUAUGGGCUUGCAGGUCGAGGGAAAAGCCAGAUAUGUAUAGAUUACUAUAUCCGAUAUCACACAGAAUAUCAGCAUAGUAUUUGGAUUGAUGCAAGCACCAAAGAAAAAUUGAGAGAGUGUUUCGUACAGGCUGGUGAACAAGCGCAGCCCCGUCAAGCAAAAAAGAUGACACCCGAAGACGUUGUAAACUGGCUUUCCAACACGUCCAAGGACCCAUGGCUGCUCAUCUUCGACGACGUUCAAGCCGGGGAAGACUAUAAACUCGAGAACUACAUGCCAGCAAACGGGAACGGGAGAAUUCUUGUGACAUCUAAAAAGGGCAGCAUUGGUGAUUACCACUGUCAACGAAAACUUACCCCAAUGAGCGAAGUGGAUGCACUCAAGCUACUUACCAACAUUGUAAAAGAUAAAGUUUUACUCCACGAUGAUCCAGAAGAGGUAAAAGCCGCCAGGAAAAUUCUACAAAAGGCCGAUUAUUCUCCAUUGGCUAUUUCCCUAACGGCAAACACUGUCACGGCAACACAGACAAAACUGUCCAAGUACCUUGAGAUCUGGGACGACCAACUGGACGCAAACAAGGAAAACGACAGCAAUGAUCGUAACCUCUACACCGCCAUCCAAGCCUCUUACAACCAGUUUAGGCGCGAUACCGGUCAACGCACCGAACAAGCCGACCAACUCCUCCGCUUCUUUGCCAUUCUGGAUACGGCGCUGCUAUCCGAAGAAACAUUUUACCGAACAUGGAAUGCGCUCGUCGCUGCAAGAGGUACCAUCCCGUCUAUCGUGCUCGAGAAAUUAGUCCCCUGGAUAUUCAUCACAAAGUCGGCGGAAAAGUCAAUGGCCUAUUUCACGCAGUCAAUGCGAGAGACGUUCAGCUUACUCGAAUCCUUUUCGUUUGUCGAGCGAGUUUCUGAUGCAAACGAAGAACAUCGUCGCUACCACAUGCACGGUUCCAUCCGCGCCUGGUUGAAUAGCUUUUAUAUGACAAAAGAGAAUCGUUUCUACGAGGGCACAUUGGAUGUGGUAGCGAGUACAUUGGCUACAUCAAUUGGCGAGCGACCACCGCGUUCGUAUAGGAAACUAGUCAUUCCGUAUAUCCAAGGUCUUUUUGGAGCCUUUGAUGAUUUUCAUCGUAAACACGCUUUGAGAAAGCUGUUGAAGAUACAGCCGUUUGACUCCAGGGCCCGGUUCGAGGCGGCAUUUCGAUUUUCGGAUACGUACUCUGUGUGUGGGUAUUUCAGCGCCACGCUUUCGAUACGCGAAGAGAUGUAUAAUCAGCUCAUGAGCGAUCAAAUCAAGGUUGAUGUUGCGGAUAAGCCUAUUUUGUCGUUGGUGACAUCACUUCUAGCGGAAAGUCAUGCUGAUCUGGGGAAUGAAGAAAAGUCGCUAGAGCUUCGGAAACAAGCACUCGAGCAACAGAAGCAGAUGGGAUCUGGACCGGAAAAUCGUAUAAAGGUCAUCGCAAUUAUGUCAGAUCUAGCACAUAGCUACAGCCGGUCUGGUCGCAUUCAAGAUGUACGAGAAGCGUACAGCCUCCGCGAACAAGUCCACAAAGAGCUAGGCUCGCUCGUGGAAAGCAGCAACGGAAAGAACCCUCCGCAUCAAGAGUUUCUCAUGGCCAAGUCCGCGUUGGCGACCAGCCUUCAUCAAUUGAAACGAUACGCAGAGGCAAUACCGCUACUCAUAGACAGCAUCUCCGGACUCACGCAAAUGCUAGAGACGUCUGAUCCGUGCGACUUGGCCGAAAACCUCCCUCAUAAAAUCCUCAUCGCGCGUGCGGAGCUCGCAAAAGUAUACAGCGAGACAGGUCGGCUGAGAGAUGCGCUUGACGAGCGCGAACACAUCCUUUUGGUCCGAAAACAGCACAACAACGACUUCUCGCCACUACCAUCAUCACCCUUACAACGUGUAUCUUCACCCUCCACUAACACCACAUCAAACAAUCCGAGCAAUUCCAACUUUGCAAAACCCCUCCUGGACCACGACACCCUAGUCGCCAUGGAAGACCUCGCAGAAAGCCACUCCACCUUCAACGCCAUCACCACAGCACUAGCUCUUCGCAAACAAGUCUUGCAAGGCUUCCAAGAUCUGGGCGCCCUCGUAUCCACCGAACACCCAGGCACAAACCACGCCCGGUACAAUCUCGCGCGGAGCUACUACGAAGUUGCACAAGCCGCCUUCAGCAAAGUUUCGUUCAUCAACGAUGACCGCGAUAGCAAUAGCGUCGCGGCAGCAGCAUCAGCAAAGGAGAAUGUGACGCGGGCCGUCAACAUACAUCGCUACGUUUUGAAAAAGGCGCAUCCAAGGGAGAUGGAACAAGGCGAUAGCAGCGAUAUUCUCAGUUUCAAAGAUGCGUUUGUGAGAAGUUUAUGCUUACAAGCUAAGAUCCAAGUCGCCUCCUCGCAUGGGCGCAGGCAGCUAGACAAACAGAACUGGUCUCGCUGCAGCGCCGAGGGCACAAAGAGCUACAAGUUAGCCAUACAGUGUCGCGAGGAAAUUGCAUCGGCGAUUCGUCGUUCGAAGAGGUGGGACGACGCGGAGAGAGCGUUGCGGAGUCUAAGCGCCACCAACGAACUCGCAAUGUGUCACUGGGAAUUCGGCGAGUACGAAGAAGCCAAAACUAUUAACCAGAACGUGGUAAAGCAACAGAUGGAGUUGAACCCACGACACGAGAAUUAUGUGCAUUUUUUGAGGGACGGCGGGAUGAUUUAUCAUAAACUUAAGAGUUUGGAUAAAGCGGUUGCGUUGCUGGAAGAGGCGUAUGGACUUGCCGUCGAUGUGCUUGGGGGAUGCGAUUUGACUACGCUGGAUAUCCUGGAUCAGCUGGCUAGGACGACGAGGAAGUGGAGAUUGACGCUGUCUGAAAAGUGGUUUUUCAAGUUGUGGGAGGGUCAACGCAAGGUUUGGGGUGAGGAGUCGGAGACUACGCGGAAUACGCGGAGGAGACUUGAUACUGUAGUGGCAGAGCGGUUUGUGGCAGAGCGGGCUGUGGCAUUGGCUCGGCGUUGA